AUGCAAGUUCUAGACUCCGCCUUCCUGGCACCUGCGGCACCGGUGCAACGAAGCGUCGCGACUUCGCGGAGCUUGGAGAGAUCGAAGGCAUCUCCAAGAUCAGAUAUCUUCAGUGCCCUGACACCAACAGCUUUGGCUGUCGGAACUCUUCUCGGCGCCACCGCUGCAUUCCGCGGAGCACAGCGCUCCAAGGCAUCGAAGGCUCGCCGACGGCAGGGGCCGCCAGCCACGACGCUCAACCCUGAGGAGGAUGUGAAAACUGACUCUUGGGGCGAGAAGUUCGUCUGGCAGAAGGCAUGGUACCCGAUGGCCGUCAUCGAAGAUUUGGACGGGACGCGCCCCACCAAGCUGCAGCUUCUGGGUGAGGAUCUUGUCGCUUGGGUCGACGGCGAUGGAGAGUGGCGUGUCUUCGAGGAUCGUUGCCCGCACCGAGCUGUGCCACUGAGUGAGGGCCGCAUCGAAAAAGACGGCACUUUGAUGUGCUCUUACCACGGGUGGCGGUUCAACGGCGAGGGCAAGGUCACGGCCAUCCCGCAAGCAACGGAGCUUCUGCACAUAGCUGGUAUGUCUCUGCUGGAGCGGGAGAUGCCAUCACAUGGCCGGGGAGAGGCCCCUAUGCGCCCGCAUGCUAAGGAGGUCCGAAGUUACCUUGCCAUCCUUCGCCUUUGCGACUUCGCUUUCUACGGCGGCUUCGUGCUCCUGUCCUUCUCAGGACUCUAUGUGCUGGGCGUGCUGAGCUUGGCUGCUGCUUUACUGGGAUCCUUGCUGCUUCAACAGGACCCCUUCCUUCAUUGUUUGGGGCGGCCUAUGGCGCAAGCACUGGACUCACUCGACUGGGCCAAAUGGGCUUGGAGCGAUGGUUGGACAUACCUGCUGCCGCUUCUGGGAACUUCAUGCCUUGCGAGCUUCCUUGGCCUACUGGGCCUCAUUGUGUCCAUGCCGUCGCACUCCACAGGAGUGCUGGGAUAUUUGCGUCCGCUGGCCGUGAUACUGGUCUCCAGUGCCCAUGUCUUUACGGCUGCUUGCUGUUGGCACAUUCACGGCCUGGUGUUCCGGCCGCAUGGUGGUGUGUCCUACACCGAAAUCUUUCCAACACCCAGGAUGGAGGCACAGUUGGACCUCACACCAGUGCCCCAAGCCGACGACUACUUGCCACCAGGGCCUCCUCCACGCGUGGAGGCGGUGCCAUUGCAGUCGCAGAUUGCGCGGCCGGUCCACUCCGACAUACCCCAGGCAGAUGCGCCUCAGCUGUCAACUUCUGCUGAUUCAGCAGAUCCAGCCGGGGCAACAUGUGCCGGGCCACAAACGGAAGCUCCAGAGGUAUGCACAGCUGAUGCACCGGUGCCUAGCAAUGAAAGCAACGCAGCUCCAGCUGAAGCUGUGACGGGUGAGGCUCCCGCAGCGGAAAGCGGAUAUGAAGUGUGCAACAUCGAAGUCCUUAUCCGCCUCCCUAGUGGGCGCCGGCUGCGCUCCAGUUUCCUGUCGACGGAUCCCAUCUCCAAGCUCUACGAUGCUGUGGAGGCGGAGUCCGGCCGUGAGCCAGAAAUUCGCGCUGGCUUUCAUUACUGGUUAAUACAGGCACACCCAAGAGAGGUGUACAGUGACAAAAGCAUGACAGUAGGAAACGCGUCAAAGAGCCCGCCUUGCAAAAAGAAGCGGAAUGAGAAGUUCCCAGAGUUGCAACAGAAUGCGCGCGCCUGUGCUUCGGCGAGACCGGCACAGGUUUGGGGGGAAAGUGGUGAAGACGCUGCGUUGGAGGCAGCUCUCCAGGAGCCCAACAUCCCUCCAGAGGCCGAGGAUCCUGCCUACGAGGGGCGAGCAAAGUUCUCCGUCUGGAGCUUGGGAAUGCAGGUCUGGUCUCACCGCGACGUCCCGUACGGCUGGGAGGUGGCCUUCGAAAAUGUUACAGACCCUGCUCAUGUGGCGGUGGCGCACCACAACAUUGUCUCCAACAGGUAUGAAGAUCCUUGCCCGUUGAAGAUCGAUUGGGUGCGCAAGCCAAGCAACAAGGAAGGCUUCAAGCGCGAUCCCCGGCAGUUGGUCAGUUUGUGUUCCGGUGGUUGA